AUGGCUCCCACUGCACCCGCACACGAUUACUACGUUACCUUAGAGGUGCUACCAACCGCACUUCAUGACGAGAUCAAGGCAUCGUAUCGCCGUCUCGCACGAUUGCAUCAUCCGGACAAAAACAUCGGAUGUCAACACGCGACUGCGAAGACUCAGCUUAUUAAUGCAGCAUGGGAGAUCCUAGGAGAUGUAGAGAAGAGAGUCGAAUAUGAUCGAAGCCGACCACAGCCAAAGGCGCCAUCAUCUGGCAGUCGAUCUGGCCCUCAACCUACGUCCACCCAACAACCGAAGUAUCAAGCAUCCCCUCGUCCCGACACAACAGCUCAGGACGAAGCACGUGCGCAAGCAGAAAGCGAUAGAAAGCGACGAGAGUGGCUAGAAUUCCAGAGACACCAGGAAGAGCAAAUCCGACAGUCUCGGAAUAUCAUCAAGCCCCUCGAGGCCGAAAUCGAUCGCCUGAAUGCCAUAAUUGAUGGGAAUCGAACAAGAUUAGCGAACGAUGUUCCAUACGCCUGGAAUGUUUUUGCAUUCUUGAGUAAAAGACUGAGUGACCAAGAGAAGAGUGAGAUCAGAUUGGCCUCCAUAAACGCGGACAACGCUAUCAGGAUCAAACAGAUACCCCUAGAUAAAGCCAAAGCACAACUGAAACAGCUCGAAGAGCAACUCGCGCAGCGAAAGGCUCAAGAAGAGAAACGAAUAGCGGCUGAGCAGGCUCGAAAGGCGAACAUGGAACGGCUUGCCAGAGAAAGAGCCUACGAAGUUCGACGCCAAGAGCAGGCAAGACAGCAGGCUGAGCGGAACAAGGCUGCCCAAGAAGCGGCAGAGAGGUUCCGACAACAGCAAGCCGAGCAAGCAAGAGAAUCUGCAGAGCGCGAGAGAAAGGAACGUGCAGCGAGAGAUUUAGAAAGCAAGAAGCAGACAAAGAGCGAACCAGAACAUCUAAUGAACGUAACACGAGUUUCGGUAACUGUAAACACAGGCGUUGGUGGAACAAAAUUGAAGGUCAUCACACCUGUGCGCAUUGCACCCGACCACUAUUCAAGUUUGCAGAGCAAUGUCCCAGCUGCAGCACUAUAG